AUGCCGUCCAUUGAUAACGAUGGUAACGAGGCACGGCUGCUCCUCGUCUCGAACCGGUUACCCAUCACCAUAAAACGCUCUGAAGAUGGCAAAUAUGACUUUUCCAUGUCUUCCGGUGGCCUGGUUAGUGGUCUGAGCGGCCUGUCGAAGUCGACAACCUUCCAGUGGUACGGGUGGCCCGGCUUGGAGGUUCCCGAGGAGGAAGUUCCACAUGUCAAGGAGCGACUGAGGGACGAGUAUGGAGCGGUUCCGGUGUUCAUCGAUGAUGAACUGGCAGAUCGGCAUUAUAAUGGGUUUUCCAAUUCGAUCCUUUGGCCGCUCUUCCAUUACCACCCUGGUGAGAUAACAUUCGAUGAAUCCGCAUGGGAGGCAUACAAGGAUGCAAAUCGCCUAUUCGCCAAGGCUGUCGCAAAGGAAGUUAAAGAUGGGGAUCUGAUUUGGGUACACGACUACCACUUGAUGCUACUUCCGGAAAUGCUUCGGGAAGAGAUUGGCGACAGCAAGGAGAACGUCAAGAUUGGUUUCUUCCUGCAUACGCCUUUUCCCAGUAGCGAGAUCUACCGAAUUCUGCCCGUUCGGAACGAGCUGCUGCUUGGUGUCCUUCACUGCGACCUCAUUGGGUUCCAUACCUAUGACUAUACCAGACAUUUCUUGAGCGCUUGCUCACGGUUACUGGGAUUGGCAACAACCCCGAAUGGCAUUGAGUUCCAAGGCAAGAUCAUCGCCUGUGGUGCUUUCCCAAUUGGUAUCGACCCGGAGAAGUUCCAAGAGGGUCUUAAGAAGGAGAAGGUUCAGAAACGGAUAGCUAUGCUUGAACAGAAAUUCCAGGGCGUGAAGCUCAUGGUCGGAGUAGACCGACUUGACUACAUCAAAGGCGUACCCCAAAAGUUACAUGCGCUUGAAGUCUUCCUCAGUGAUCACCCUGAAUGGGUCGGAAAAGUUGUCUUGGUUCAGGUUGCUGUACCCAGUCGACAGGAUGUUGAAGAGUAUCAGAACCUUAGAGCUGUUGUCAAUGAGCUUGUUGGCAGGAUCAACGGCAAAUUUGGGACGGUCGAGUUUAUGCCGAUUCACUUCCUUCACAAGUCAGUUAACUUUGACGAGCUUAUUGCGCUAUACGCAGUAUCGGACGCCUGCAUUGUUUCGUCUACCCGAGACGGUAUGAACCUGGUAGCAUACGAAUACAUUGCGUCGCAACAAAAACGUCAUGGUGUCCUGGUGCUUUCAGAAUUUGCCGGUGCAGCCCAGAGCCUCAACGGCAGUAUAAUCGUUAACCCUUGGAAUACGGAAGAGCUAGCAGGAGCCUAUCAAGAGGCCGUCACAAUGGGUGAUGAACAACGGGCUCUGAACUUUUCCAAAUUGGACAAAUAUGUUUCCAAGUAUACUAGCGCCUUCUGGGGCCAAUCGUUUGUUAAUGAGUUGACCAGAAUAUCUGCGGCAGCGGAGAAAUUCCAGUCGAAACCAGCCACGCCAGGGCCGAGCUCGCAGGUCGAUGGUGUCAACGGUGCUGAGGCCAAUUGA